AUGAUAGGUUUUCUUUGGAUAUUGUGUCGACGGAUCCAAUUGUUAAAGGUCUCGGCAAAGUUCCAAAACAUGUUUGCGGAAAGUCGGACGUUUUUCCUGUACAAGCCUCUCGAUGCUUUCUCAUCCAGCAAAGAAGAAGUUGACGCUGUAAACAAAGCUAAAAAUUGUGCCAAACUCAUCUUUGAUGACAAUGCUCUAAGCUUGAAGACACAGCUCAGGAAAUAUCUACUUACGACCCUGCUAAGCCACAUGGACACGGACUAG